UCUGUCCUUGGGUGUGGGUCUGGGUGUGGGGCAAUUCGGGUGGGAGCAGCGCGGAGGCGGCCACCCCCGAGUCCCGCGCCUCUGCCGGGAUAAAUAGGAGGCGCCUCCGCCCGGCGACAACCCGCGGAGCCCGCGCGCCCCGCGUGUUUCCCUGCCCGGCGGCCAGGGUGCCAGCCCGGGUGGUUUCGUUUCCUCCCGGCUCCGGGACUGGUUUCCAGGCACCCGGUCGGGCGCGCGGGGCCCGGGAAGGGGGCGCAGAAGGCGCGGGGACACUCGUCCGGGGCUGCCCAGCCCUGCGGAGCGGGGGUGCAUGGACCGGGCCGCCCCGGGCAGCGGCGCCGGCUCCCUGCCGCUGCUGCUGGCCCUUGCCCUGGGUCUAGUGGUCCUCCACUGCGUUGUGGCAGAUGGGAAUUCAACAAGAAGUCCUGAAAUUAAUGGCCUCCUCUGCAGAGAUCCUGAAGAAAACUGUACAGCUGCCACCACACCACCAAAGCGGAAAGGCCACUUUUCUCGGUGCCCCAGGCAGUACAAGCACUACUGCAUCAAAGGGAAGUGCCGUUUCGUGGUGGCGGAGCGGACGGCCUCCUGCGUCUGUGACGACGGCUACACUGGGGCAAGGUGUGAGAGAGUUGACUUGUUUUACCAAAGAGGAGACAGAAGACAGACUUUGGUGAUUUGUUUGAUGGUAGUUAUGGUAAUUUUUAUCAUCGUGGUUGUCAGUGUCUGCCUGUGCUGUCAUCCGCGUCAGAAAUGUCGUAAAAGAAGGAAAAAGGAAGAAGAAAUGGAAACUCUGGGUAAAGAUAUAAUAACUCCUAUAAAUGAAGACGUUCAAGAAACUAAUAUUGCUUAAUGGCUACAAAGGCACCUCCAGGUUGGCGGCAGCCUGCAAAAUGCCUUGCUCAUUUGAAAAUGGACAGAACGUGUCUCAGGAAAACAGCUCGUAGAAAUGAAUUUUAAAUAAUGUAUUUACUUUUUAUUUGUAACUUCCAUUUGUGUUAUUAUUGUUUUUUAAUAAUAAUAAUAUUAAUUUUAUUAUUGUUUAGUAACUGGGGAAAAAAAAACACCUGUUGAGGUAGCAAAAGUAAGAAGGGGAAUUUCAAUAAACUUCCACUGAAGUUUUGUCACCAGGAUUCCUAGUCCAACAAAAAAGAAAAGUGGGAAGGAGUUUAGACCUUUGGAAUUGAAUGAAUAAUAAAACUACUGUUUCUCAAACAUUCACCAUGUGCUAAGAGUUUGAAAUGCAUUAUUUCAUUUAAUCCUUUCAACAACCAGUGGGAUACAUAUUAUGAUCCUCAUUUCCCAGAUAUAGAAACGGGGCCAAAGAAAUCAAAUAAUCUAAUCCAGAUAUAGAGAGUUAGGACUUGGUGGGGCUGGAAUUAGAAUCGAGAUUUAUCCAAAUCAAAGUCUGUGCCCUUAGUCAUCGUUUUUGUUAAUCUGAGUUGGCGCAACCUAACUCCAUAAUGUAAUCCAGGAUUUUGUAUGAACUGUGUUUCGCUAUGAUUUUGAGAUGUCAAGGCCAUUUUCCUGCAGGAACGCAGGAUGCAGAGUCCUGGCCUUGUUGCUGUUACCAUGAUGCUUUCUGUAGAAUUGAUUUUUAUUGUGUUUCUUUGCUCCUUUAUAAAUUAUCAGUGACAUUAAUAAAUUAUUACAUUAUCGGAGCAAACACAUGGGCCCUAUAGCUAGGGAAAUGAAUAGAGAUGGAAAAGUAAAUGGCUGACAUUCUUUAAGCCUUGGGUAAGUGUUUAUGCUCAAUAAAGUAUAAAUAACAACACCGGAAAAGGUGGUUUGUGCAGGGUAAUGGUCAGUGGAAGGAGGGGAGAGCCAGGCAGAGACUGGUUAUGACCAUCUUCUCAUUUUUGUUCUUCUCCCCAACAGCACAUAUGAUUGUUCUCAGGUAAAUUGUGGUGCAUAGCACCAUGAUCAUAGCACCUGUUACCUGGGACCACCUUACCAAAUGCUCCUUCCCUCCAUGGCUUAUUUAAUAAAGACUGCUUUAAGUCUGAAAAAGUGAAAUCUACAUUUAGCCAAAAUGCCAUAGAAUAUGGAACUGUCUACAUUGAUUAGGUGGGUCACUUACAAAAAUAAAUGCAGUAUGUCCUCAAAUUGCUGUACUCUGUGCCUGUCAGCCAAGUAACUUCUUUUCUGGAAUCUCUGCAAAUGUUACUUUGCAAUGUAGAUUCCGUAGCCAAAGUGAAGUGGAAGAUUCAGACAAAAGCUGACAUUUUAUAUCUCCUUCUAGCAUCCAUAGUGUUUUGAGGGAGGCAGAGGCUGUUCUUAUAUAUAAUACAGAAAUAGUUCACCUAUCUAUAAAAGCUAACUUAAAAAACUGAUAAUUUUCAAAAUCCGUAUAUUUUCCCCUGACUUAAUGGUCAUCCUUAAGACAGGAUUACAUCCAACCGAUUCAUGUUGUCCAUGCAUUAUUUUCAAAAGUUUCCUUCUGGCUCAUUCAUGCCCUUUCUCUUCCUCAGUCUUCUUUGAUACUAAAAAGGCUUAGAACAAAUGCCCAUUAGAGCCUUUACAAAUACAAAACCAUAAUAUACACGUUUCUUCUUUCCUGAACUGAGGUUGGCUGGCCAAUGGGAUCCCUCAAGCCAAUUCAGGCUUGGGAAUUUGGCUUCAAUCCUAAAAUGUUAAUGAUGGCUUUUGAAGUUUGGUGGGACUGAUAUCAAGAGAGAAUUUCAAAGAUUUUCAUAGUUUUUAAAAAAAUGUAUUUUAUAAUUGUUUUGCAUAUA